AUGCGCUUGGAUACCUUUGAUGGCUCAGGAACGCCUACUGAUGCUGCUGAUUGGCUGCGCAAGAUGGAGAAGGUCAUGGCUGCAUGUAGGAUGACUGCUGAGGAGAUAGUCUUGUUUAUUCCUCACCAGUUGACGGGUCAGGUUGAUGUUUGGUGGGUAGGAGUAUGUGAUGCAUGGACUCCUGCUCGAGGUGCUAUCACUUGGGAGGUUUUCUUGGCGCAGUUCAGGGUUAAGUAUUAUUCAGACUCCUUCAGGGACAAGAUGAAUGAUGCAUUGAACCACAUUCAGCAGGGGGACAAGACAGUGGAUGAGUAUGAGAGGGAUUUCAGCAACACUAUUCGCUUUGUCCCUAGUGUGGCAAGUGAUGAGCGUGAGAAGGCUCGGAAGUUCUUCACAGGACUUAAUGCUCGGUACAGGGAGGUGAUGGGUAGAAAUCCUCCAACCACUUCUAUCACAGCAGUUGAGGAGGCUAGGGGUAUGGAGAUUCAGUUUCAGCUUACGAUGCUCCAGCAAAGGCGUAAUGGAAAUUCAACUGAUUUUGAGCAGAUGGAUAUCUUGUACUGCUAUGCUGGAGUGACGGAAGCAGAGACGCGGUUGAUUCUAUCGUCAGCUAUACCAGAGCGUGUGUUGGAGGCGCAACAACAGGACCGAUUAUUGCUAGAUGUUAGGAAGCGUAUUCAUGAAGGGAAGGUUGGGGAUUUCACCUUAGAUGCUUCUGGGGCUGUUCGAUUUCGUGGUCGUCUUUGUGUGCCACAAAAGUCUCAAGUCAAAGAGGAUAUACUCAAAGAGGCGCAUCGUACUCGAUACACUGUCCACCCUGGUGAGAAUAAAAUGUAUCAGGAUUUGAAGAAAACUUAUUGGUGGAAGAGGAUGAAGAUCGAUGUGGCCAAGUAUGUGGCUUCAUGUGGUAUUUGCCAGCGGGUGAAGGCUGAGCAUAAGAGUCCCGCGGGAAAGUUGCAGUCCUUAGAGGUUCUUAUGUGGCCUUGGGAUGAUAUUUCUAUGGAUUUUGUGGUCCACAAGUACAGCCGGUGA